CAAAUUGACAUUGAUGUAGCUAAGUGUCCAAGCAAAAGUUUGGCCAUCGCUCCAAUUGAACACAAUCUGCUAAAUAGCUGGACUACUGACAAGAGUCUAGACUAAAAGCAGGGGACAAAAAAAGUUUUGCGAUAAUUCAAAUUGCAUGUUUAGCUGAUGCAGAUACUUUGAACAUGUUUACUGAACUGAACAAUAUCCUUUUAUACGAACAGGGGAACACUCCAAGUGGGAAACUGAUAUCAAUUUUCCAGGAUUUCAGAAGUGACUCUUCUUAUCUUAUCCAUCACUUUCUAACCUACUUCUUGAAGGCAGGGGACAGUGUGUGUCUGGUUGGUCUGGCUCAAUCAUUCGGACAUUAUAAUAACGUCGGCCAAAAACUUGGAUUGAAUCUCAAAGCUUUGAGGGAUGAUGGAAAAGUUGUGUUCAUUGAAGGGUUGCGUUUAUGUGGCAAUACAUUGAUUGGUGAGGACAGACAGGAUGUUGGCAGUUGCGGAGACUCAGACUAUGAGAAAAUGUUUGACGGUCUUGUGUAUGAUAAAUCAAAAAACAGCUUGCGUCCGAUAUAUUCUUACCUGUCAUCAAAAGUGAAGCAGCUACAGGACAGUGGGAACCGCAAGACUCAUAUCAUCUUUGAUGAUAUUAGUAUCCUCUUGGCACUAGGAGUUGAGAGCCGGUCGCUUAUGGUCUUCAUUGAUUACCUCCAGACACUUCUUAGUAGCAGUGGGAACGUGGUGGUACGAGGGCUUAUGGAUGAGGACAUGGCGGAAGAUGAACUUGUGGCGAAAUAUCUGUACCAUAAAAGUCAUGCUACCUUGGUUACUCGAGGAUUGGCAAGUGGAUACUGUAAAGAUGUCCAUGGACAGAUUGAAAUAAAAGUGAAAGAACCAAGUGCUGGCCAUCCCCAGAAUCAGAAAUCCACCCGGAUGCAGUAUAAAGUCCAAGACAAAAAUGUCCAUUUCUUUGCCUCUGGAACAUCGUCAGCGGUCUUGUAAAAGUUCUGGAAAUCAAAAGAUUUGCUGCUAGAAGAUUAUAGACAUUUUCUCGUGUCACCACUUUAGUUCUUGGUGAGCCUUGGCGGCCUUGCUUCUGGCCUGCCACAUAGUUUAAAGAACUUGUAACAAAUCAACAUGUUGCAUAUUAUGUUGGAUGGCAAUAAUACUGUCAUAAUCUCAA